GAAAAAGUUAAAACCGGAAGUGUGGCAAUUAGGACUUCCCAUUUUGUCAGAAAAUGAAAACAAACAAGAAAAAACUAACAUUUAAGUAAAGACUGGAAGAAAAUCAGAUCUUUGAUUGAGCAACUGUAGUGAUAUAUGACCUGACAACUGUAUGAAGCAGCAUGAGUGCUAGCCAGGAUUCUCCGAAUAAGAAAGUUUCUCAUCAUACUGAAAAAGAACUGCUUGUUGAUAAAAAGAAUACAGAUUUUGCUGAAAUCAAGCAUACACCUUCCACUGGGGAAACCAGUCAACAAAAUUUAAAAAUUCUUCUUCCUGUUAAGAAAAGAAAAAUAGAAAAUGUGAAAAGACAGCGUGCAAAAAAUUCUGAUGUGUCUCAAAAACAGUGCAAGCUGGAUUUCCCGCCAUGUAAGGUGUGUCUUGGUCGUGGAUCUGGGCUUCAUUACGGAGUGAAUAGUUGUGAAUCAUGUAAAUCAUUCUUCAGGCGUUGCUUGACGAGAAAAGAUGAGUACAAAUGUAUGAAAAACAAGGAUUGUCCGGUCACUUCACAGAUUCGUGGAAAUUGUUCAGGUUGUAGAUAUCAGAGAUGUUUGGAGGUUGGUAUGUCGAGAGAGGCUGCUUGUCUAGGGAGGUACACACUAUCUCGAAGAACGAGAACUAUAAUGGAGGCUAAAGGUGAGCCUGAUAGAAUGGAAAGUAAUCAAAAGUCAAAAGUUGAAGAGACAUCACCGAAGAACAAUUCAAAUGCUGGCUGGUAUAGACCUAAGGAAGAAUCUUUAGACGAAUCUGAUUCAAGAAUUAGUUCCAGUAGUCAAGAUAGGUUUAAUGUUCCAGUUGUCGAGGUUACCAUUGAUCAGGGAUCUGGAGUGAUUGUGAAAGUUAUACAAGAAGAGUAUGCUAGUUGUAUCUUACAGGAAAUGGAAUUAAUAAGUAAACUUGUAAAUGCCAUGGACCAAAUUAGACCGUUUGGUAGUAUCGUUACUGAAGCACAGAUUAAAGCAAAAAUACAAGAAGACUAUGAUAGUUACCACACAAAAGCCCAGGUCUUCGGAAAUAUGAAACCAGUUCCUCAGGACGAAUACUUUGCGCUACUUGAAUCGACCGGUAUUGAUAUUGACGGAAGACAGGAGUUUCUCCGUCAGUCAGCGAUGUCGUGUCAGCCUGUUCUCCACAGUUACAUUGCUUUCGCUAAUGUUGUUCCCGGGUUCUCGUCAUUGUCUCUAGAAGAUCAGUGCAGCUUGCUAAAAACUUCACAUUUUGAAGUGUUUCUGUUCCUCACGUACAAAGGAUACGACCCAGAUCUCCAAAUGAUACUGACAGAAACAGGGAAAGCAUACCACAUUGACCAGGCAGCUGACAUCUUUUACUCCCGCAAUCUCAUUAAUUCCAUUUUUGACGUUUGCAAAAAGAUACAAAGUCUUUCAUUAACAAAAGAGGAAACAGCUUUAUUACUGGCUAUUGCUGUGACAUUUGGUGAUAGAUGUCUCCUCGAAGGCAGUCACAACGUUGACGAAAUUCAGUUGAAAGUUGUUCAGAUAUUUCGAUCCUAUUUAUCACGGACACGUCCGAGCAAUUCGAGUAGAUUUUUCACUAAAAUUGUUGAUUGUUUUAUUGCAAUGAGGGCGGUUAAUGACCAGUAUUUGAAGGAGUAUGGUGUGAUAUGCCAGGACAAGCUGGUUCAGAAAGAAGCUCCGAUAUGGUUAGCUUACAUUAAUGCAAAAACUGUGAGUGAGGGUGGUCAGCAGGCAAAAGCCAAGGCUGAAGAGGAGCAAGCUGUAGAAAAUCUGUAAAUUUCUCUCUGGGUAUAAUUUUUAGCUCGACUAUUCGAAGAAUAUGGGAGCUAUCCUACUCGCCCCGGCAUGAGCGUUAGUGCUGGCGUGAGCGUCACACAAAUGCUAAAAGUUUGCGAACCACCCCAAAUAUUUUCAAAGUCCAUUGAGUUAUUGCUUUUAUAUUUUGCAUACUUGUUUACCAUCAUGACCCCAGUCUGCAAAAAGGAGGAGGCAACUCUAUCAAGCAUUUUGACUGAAUUAUGGCCCCUUUUCGACUUAGAAUAAAUGUUAAAGUUUGUGUACCACCCCAAAUAUUUUCAAAGUCCAUUGAGAUAUUGCUUUGAUAUUUUGCAUACUUGUUUACCAUCAUGACCCCAGUCUUUAAAAAGGAGGAGGCAACUCUAUCAAGCAUUUUGACUGAAUUAUGGCCCCUUUUCGACUUAGAAUAAAUGUUAAAGUUUGCAUACCACCCAGAAUAUUUUCAAAGUCCAUUGAGAUAUUGCUUUGAUAUUUUGCAUACUUGUUUACCAUCAUGACCCCAGUCUGUAAAAAGGAGGAGGCAACUCUAUCAAGCAUUUUGACUGAAUUAUGGCCCCUUUUCGACUUAGAAUAUGCUUAUUGUAGUGUUAUAGUUUUACUCAUAGCUUAUAUUAUACUAUCAAGCGCUGAGAAUAGUCUAGCGUGCUGUCCACUGACAGCUCUUGUUAAAACUAAGAGUUAGACCAAUGUUUUCUGUAUAAUAUGUUAUUUUUAGAUACACACCCUUUCGCAAUAUUUUUUGACUUAGCCCUUUUUCAAGUGCAGAAAAUUCUAUUGAAUACAUUUUUGUGCAUUUCUGUUUGUCACUUCCACCCCUCAUACCUAAAUUGCUUGGAGGGAGAAGUCACUAAUCCCUAAAUGUUGAACUAAGGCUGAUCCCUAAGCAUUUAGAGAUUCAUGCUGAAUUUUACAAACUUAGGAAAGUACUUUCAUUUGUAAUUGAAAAUUAAAAGUCAAAACAGAAUAACUGUGUUAGCUCUAAGCAGUAUUCUCAAAUUUAUCACAACACUAACUUUGUGUGGUCUGGGGAAAUGUGCUGUGGGUUGACAAAGGGGGAUUUAUAACAUAAAAAUAUUUAAUUAGCACUAACAGUUGUUCAAGAAAUGAAGAAAAAUUGUGUUUUUAUAGAAAGGUAUUUAUUCCUAGUCGGGAACAUACUGUCUUUUUCUAUCUGUAAAAAUAUACUCUUGAUAUUAUAUUAUGUACUAUGUUGCCAUGGCAACAUUAAUUCUAAGAACCCUUAAUUUGGGAUAGGUAUUGGUAUAUUUUGAUGUUUUAUUGAAACUGCUUUAAUAGAGUAAUUCACUUUAAAUUUCAGGUCAUCCUUUACAUUAUUUAAAAUCAAAGUGAAACAUGUACCAGUAGUAUUAGGUCUAGCUUUUCUUCAAAGCCUGGGGAAGUGUGUGACAAUCUGUUGUUUGUAAUGACGUCUGUGAUAUCACAGGCUUUUAGCUGAGUAGUGAACUGAAAAUCUACAUCCUUUUUAAAUACUAAAAAAUUUACAUGAAAUUUAAAGAGUUUUGAGAAUUUUACCAUAAGGGUACUUUUUCUGGUCCAGAUAUGUAGAAAAACUAUCUUCUGUGCUAGUUAUACUGUUACCUGAUGGAAUGUGAAAGGAAUUUGAUUGGUUCAUUCGACUGUACUUCCACUACUUUUUAGGUAUGGACUUAAACACAAAAAACACUUGUUUAGUUUAUGCUAGUCACAUAGUAAAGAUUUGAUUGAAAUAGAAGUAAUUUAGCUGUACUUGAUAUAUUGAUUGAUAGAUAAAAAUAAUAUUUGUUUAGUCUUUGCUAGUCACACUGUAAAAAUUACUGACUUAGAAAAUUAUGUGUCUCCCAUCCACAAUUGUGAGGAGAUACACUGAUUUUGUCGUGUCUAUCUGUCCAUCUGUCACAACAGUUAAUCUGGAUUGCUAAUCUGAAAUUACUUGUAGGAUUUCAGUCAGACUUUGUCUCAAGGUUUAGCGCUUUAAGGCAGUUUUGCAUACAACCAACAUUUCACAGUUGAAUGACUUCUAAUAGAGUAGUGGUCCCUUAAAUGUCUUUAUCUGAGAUCCCUUUAUACUACAAUAUGCUUUGAUCUGUUAGAAAAUAAAUCUUAUCCACAAGUAAGCUUUAAGGGGUUUAAAACAAUCUUCAUAGAAUGACAGAUUAUUUUGGGGGUCAGAGGUCAAGGUUCAAGAGAUUUUGAGUCUUUAAAUGUUUUUUGCUCCAUAACUGAAUAAUCAUUGGGCAUACAGCUUUCAUACUUCAUAAGAUGAUUACUUGACCCCUAUUGCUUCAGGGAUAAGAAGGGCCAAGCUGAAGGUCACAGUGACCUGGAGAGUGAAAGGUGUUUGAGAUCAGUAACUACAGAACACAUGUGCCUACUGCCUUCAGACUCAAAGGAUUAUAGAAUUAUUGCCUGUCAUUAACUGUAAAUAGUAGAUAACCCCUAUUGCUUUGGUGGUCAGCUGGUCAAAGCUCAAGGAGACAGUAAAUUGUUACUGGUCAGUAACUGGGGAAUUCUUGGUCCUUUGGGUGCCAGAUUCUUUUUAAUGAUUAACUUUGGUCAGUAGAGAUAAUCAGCUUAUUAAAAAAAAUUGGCCAUUAUUUGGCCUAUUGCCUUCAAACUUGUUUGAAGUCAGUUGAUGAUCUAUUCUGUUGAAGCAGUUAACUAGUACAUCAAAGGUUAAGGUCACUGUGACUGAGACUUGCCAGUAACUGUGAUUGAGAGUUACAAAUUUCCAUGGAUUUCAGGAUUGCCAUUAGUCAUUGAAAUUAAAUCCCUAUGAACCAUUAUAAAUAACAGUUAUUUUAUCUUCAAAAUUCGAAAUACAGAGAAUCCUAUAUCCAAAACGAAAAAUCUGUUUUGGUCAAAACCACAAAGUUCUGUGCCAACAAGAUUAAAUGAUUUCACUGUAGUCAUUAACCUUUACCCUGCUAAAAUUUCUAAAAUGGACUGGUCUAUCAUUGAAUUUGGGCAGUACCAUUUAUUAUUUAAAGGGUAGGUCACUGAAAAUUUAAAGACUGAAUAGUGAACAGAGCAGAUCAUGAUCAGCCUGCGCAGAUGUGCAGACUGAUCUUGGUCUGCACUGUUGCAAAGGCAGAAUCACUUGCCGCCAACAGGCUAAAGGUUAAAGAGGAUUUAUCAUCAUUUCAAAACAUAUGUUAGACAGUCUGAUAGAGCUUUCUGAAACAUAAAUUGAAGUCAAAAAGAUACAAAAAAGAAAGAAAAAUGUUAAAGGUACAUAGUUUUUUUUUUAAAAAUAAAAUUCUGAAAUCAGUGGCAGCCAUUUUAUGUCAGUUGACAUCAUUUUUUCCCCCUUUAUUUAUUAUAUGUAAAUGUUCUCAAAUUUUCAUAAUUUUCACGAGUCACAAUUUUCAGCACUAGUUUUAAAUUUUAGCAUUUUCCUCCUUAAUUUGCUGAAUUGACAACUUUUCCAAAACGGUUAUAUUUUAUCUUUCUAAUGCUUUGAAAAAUUCUGAUGGACCUAAAUGUCUUGAACUGAUUGAAGCCAAAUUUAUGCUUAACUCAAAUCUGGCCUAAGUAUUUUUUCUGACUUUUUAUUGAAGGCUAAAACUGGAAGUAGAAUUAAAUUGAAUUAUACCUUGCUUGGAUGACUUCUAUAUCAAUCAUCUUUGAAUUUCUGUUGUAGCUAUUUUUAUCAAGUUGUCGGUGAUCAAAGUUUGUAGAGAUAAAAUUUGUUUUUAUUUUGUUAUGUAUUUUAUGAAUAAAUCAAACAUGUCUUAGCACAUGUACAAUUCAAGACAUUGAUGUUGAUCCUGUAUUUAGUUAUGAUCUGACAGAUAUUUGUAGAUUAUGAAUUUCUACUGAUGUAUCUUUACUGCCUCAGCUGUCGUUUUUUGUUCCUGGCUAUAUAUGUCUUUGAUUGUAAUAAACUAAAACAAUUUUUGUCUUGUAUACACUGUAUCUCUGAUAACUUCAGUUUGAAAGCACAUGUUUUGUUAUGCAUUUUACUAUGUUCUAUUCAAAGAAUAUUGAGAGGUAUUCUACUUGUCCGAGUGUACAGGUAGUUGUUGGUGUCGCGCUUGGUGGAAAGAUAACUCUGAAUUGAUUUUGAUAGGAAUUAUUUACCUACCUUGAAUUUGCUUUGAUUUAGUUAAGUUUUGUUAGCAACUUAUUUUGACACUGUCAAACUGUAUCUCAGUAACAUCAACAUGAUAUGGGAUUGAAACUUCACUGAAGACAUCCUUCUCAUCAGAUGUGCUUACAUAACUAUAUCAUGACAUCAGAAAUUUUAACUGACCAAUCAGAAAGCUGCAUUUUCAAGAACCUGCCAGUUUCCACUUUGGUAAAACGAAGUAUUUUUACUAUGACUAUAUAGUGACUUUAGAAAUAAAUACCACACUGUUUCAGAAAUCAAAUUAGAAUUUUGACUUUGUAUGCCCCAGAUGAUGCUACAAACUACAAAACUUCGAUGUUUAAUUGAAAUAUUACAUGGAUUUAAUACUUUGAUUUUAGUUUAAAGUUUUAGAAUUUACACAUUGAAGGAGUCUAUGAUAAAGUCCGAGUAAAAUGUAUUCAUUACCCAAGUGAAAUAAGUAUCAUUCAGCAAUGUUUUGGACAUGUUAAAAUUAUGAAUUCAUGUAAGACAACCAUUGAUUGAAAUAAAUUCAAAUCAUGGCUGGUAUUUGACUUUAAAAAUUAAAUUGAAUUUUUGCAUGCAAGUUGUUAUCAUUGCCAUAAUAAACUUUAAAUUGUAAUGGAAAUAACUUGGUUACGUAGGUCUUGCCUGACUAUUAAGAAAUUUAUAGCCAUUAUUUGAUAUGGAAAUUGCUGAAUACCGGUAUGAAAUGUCUGUGAAGUGUGCUGUCUUAUGGACAGCUCUUUUAAUAUGAUCAGGUUGCACUACACAUGUACAAAUGAUGAAAGAUUGUUAAAUUUACAUAUAAUUUAUGAAUACUGUACUGUUACUGUUUGUAGUGCUUGAUUGUAUUUUAUGUGAUACAAUGUAUUUUAUUUUAUUCAAAAAAUGAGAACUUCUUAAACUAAAAAAUAAAUGGUUUUACUUUCAGAAAUUAAUUUAUUCUUGGUAAAUUGAAAAUUAACAUAGAUAACAAGGAAAUUUGCCAGUCAGCUCUUAAAGAUUAGCAGGAAAGGAAUGUUAAUGUGUGAGCAUGCCCAAGGUGUAAACAUAUUGACUCUUACAAACAUUUUAAUGUCCCCCUGGUUUGGGGUCAGUAGUUUUUUAGAAACAGCUCUUGUACAAAAUAUUUUUGCUAGUGUAGAUGCUAGUAACAGUAUUUAUAAAUCCUUUAUUGAUACCUGAUUGACUGUUGAGGAUGGAUGAUUGAUCAGUGAUUUUGGGACAUGACAAGGAUGUGAAAGUUUUGGUCUUAAAUAAACCCAUCAAAACACACUUUAGCUGCAACAAUAUGAUUAAUGUAAGAAAAUGUAAGCAUUUAUUGAAAAAAAGCUUUGUAUUAACUGCUAGUUUUACAAUGUAUAGUGUACUUUUAUUUGCUGUUUUGGUCAUACAGUUGGGACCGGUGUUAACUUAUAAUGCUUAAAUGUGUCAGUAUUUUUAUGCCCCCAGCAUCUACUGAUGCGGGAGGCAUAUAGUGAUUGUCCUGUCCGUCCAUCCGUUCGUUCGUCUGUACAAGGUUAACCAAAUGGGACCGUUUUGUCUAGCAUCAAUACCCCUUACUAGAAAGACUUGAUUAUAAUGCAGAUGUAACCUGUGACCAUUACUCAUCUUCAGACAUCACCUGACCUCAGUUUGACCUUGACCUCAUUUUUUGACUUAGGUUGCUUGAUAUGGGCCAUCUCUUGGUUAACCAAAUUGGACCGUUUCGUCUAGCAUCAAUACCCCUUACAAGAAUGAAUUGAUACUAUUCAUCACCUGACCUCAGUUUGACCUUGACCUUGUUUUGGACUUAGGUGCAAAAUCUAUCGACAAGGAUGCCACUGGGGGCAUCAAGCGUUUAUUGUGAACGCAGCUCCUUGUUUUAAAACAUACAUUGUUUGUUGACUGAUGGUGAUUAGUUACGGUUGUAUUUCUUCUUACAUGUGUGCCUCUAUACAGUCUGGGAUGGUGCAAAUGAAAUUGUGAUUAAAUGUAAUUUAUUGUAAAAAAACAUGUAAUUGACUGUACCUGUAAUUUGUAAUUGAUGUUUUCAGUGAUGUAAUUAAAAUUUAAUUCAACUUAGAAUCUACAAAAUUCAAUUUCAGUUACUUUUCGGUUACAUAUUAGGAUGUACAGUGAACGUUUCAUCUUUACACCAUCAAACGUAAUGAUUGUACGGGUUAGCUAAUGAAAGACAAAAUGAGCUGCGCCAUGGGAAAACCAACAUAGUGGUUUUGCGACCAGCAUGGAUCCAGACCAGCCUGCACAUCCGCGCAGUCUGGUCAGGAUCCAUGCUGAACGCUAACAGUAUCUAUAAUUCCAAUAGGCUUUGAAAGCGAACAGCAUGGAUCCUGACCAGACUGCGCAGAUGCGCAGGCUGGUCUGGAUCCAUGCUGGUCGCAAAGCCACUAUGUUGGUUUUCUCAUGGAGCGGCUCAAAUAAUUCUGUUUGAAAAAAAAAGUCACACAGCUUGAUGACAGGAAUGAUAUUUGGCCUUUUUUGACUGCUUUACAAAUCUCUGUUAAUGUACUGCAGAUGUUUUUAUAUUGAUAUAGAAUCAGAAUAAUAAAUGAUAUUCUUUUUUAUAA